CUUCGCUGAGUCGCUACUUCGUAUUCUCAGCCGGUGAGUCACUCGAGGGCCUGCGUACUCUCUCACUCUGCUCCCAGUUACGAGUCGCUUGUCAGAAUACUUGUACUGAUCGAGUCGCGAUGGUCUGCACUCUCGUCCCAAUAAACCUCUCCGAUCCCUCCGAGGCGGAGGAGCUCGAGCACCAGCGUACCGUCUGCGGCUGGGACAACACACCAGAGAAGUUCGCGCUCUGGCGCGCCCAACAAGAGGCCGGCCUCAAGUCCUUUUUCUGGAUCACCAAAUCAACAAAUCCCUCCAAUAAUUCUACGGGCGAACCAGAAACACCAAUCCGCGCCGGUCACAUCUCACUCGACGCCUACGCCGAGCCCGCAGACUGGGAGCUCGCCAACGAAGAGAAGACGAACCUGCAUAUUCAGACGUUCUUUAUCUUGCCUGAACAUCGCUCCGGUGGGCUUGGUGGUGCUGCGAUGCGACAGAUCGAGGCUCUGGCGCCGCGAGGGCCGUUUGGGAGUGAGAAUUGUGAAUAUAUCACGCUGAACUGUAUGAGCAAGAAGCAUUAUUAUGAUGAGGUCCUGGGGCCUAUUUGUCGCAAGGUGAUGCCUAUUUGCAACCAGGAGUGGUACGAAAAGCAGGGGUAUGUGGCUUGGAAGGAAGAGCCGCGGUAUAAAGAGGUGUUGAUGGAUGGGAGGACGCUUGUUUUCAAUGCAGCCUUUAUGAGGAAGAGGGUGAAUCGGAGUUGAACCAGCUAGAUUGUAGAUAUCAUGUGUCUCAGUCAAUUCAUAGGCAAUUGCCUUGAUCCUUCAACGACUUGCAGCCUCAUGCACUGGGAUAAUCUGAUUCUCCGCACUGGAGCCGAGCAGUCUUUGCUUGCCGAGCUACACCAGAAUCCAC